AUGAGCUCACCAACAACCCACCGAAGCGGCAGCCAAUCCUCCCCAUCACAUUCCGGAGCCUCCAUCCUCUUAGGACGACAGUUCAAGCAGAUGCAGACAGACAAGGACAUCCCGGGAAUAAGCUGUGGACUGGUUGGCGAUAGCGUAUUUGAGUGGGAGAUUAUGAUUAUGCUGGAUGAAGAGCAAGAUAGCUUAUAUGGAGGCGGCUGCUUCAGAGGACGCAUGACAUUCCCACCUGCCUACCCACUGCUACCGCCGACGUUGAAGUUCGAGACACCACUCUUCCAUCCGAAUGUAUACCCUAGCGGCGAAGUCUGCAUCUCCAUCCUCCACCCUCCCGAAGAAGACAAAUACGGCUACGAAUCGGCAGCAGAGCGCUGGUCACCCGUUCAAACCCCCGAGACCAUCCUGCUUUCCGUCAUCAGCAUGCUCAGCAGUCCCAACGACGAGAGCCCCGCCAAUCUGGAAGCCGGCAAACUAUGGCGGAACGAUCCGAAAGAGUUCAAGAAGAGGGUGCGGAGGUGUGUUCGAGACAGCCAGGAAAACGCGUGGGAUUGA